AUGGCCGACCCCGCCGUUCCAUUUAAGGUCAAGGCGGUCUACGACUACACGCUGGAGUUCGAGGACGACCUCAAUUUCACCACGGGCACCGUCAUCACCGUCACCGCCGUCGAGGACGCCGAGUGGUACCUGGGCACCGCCAACGGGCGCCUGGGGAUGUUUCCCAAAAACUUUGUCGAGCGCAUCAGCGACGACCCCGCCGUGCCCAAGCGGCCAGCGCACCCUCACGGCGCUGCCAGUGGCGCUGCUGGCGCUGGUGCUGGCGCUGACCAGGCGCCGCCAGUGGCGCUGGAGGCGACGGAGGCGACGGACUCCGCUUCUCCGGCGACCACCACCACCACCCCGACUAGUGGUCAAAGUAAGGCGCCCGCUGCUGGCGCUGGUUACGUUCCCAAACCGACCCUGGUCCCCGCGGCGAAGCACGACGACCCCUACGUGGUCAAGAAGCAGUUCGUCGCGGCGCCGAAGUCGCUGUACGUGCCCAAGAUCACCCCGCGCGACGAGUACGCCGUGCCCCACGCCAAACACGACGUCGCCCACAACGACUCUGAGAUCGUCAGGCUGACCCCGGUCGACACCCACCCGGAGGAGCCCGAGGCCGAGGCGCCGAAAGUGCUGUUGAAGGAGCGCAUCGCCAUGUUGCAAAAGCAGCAGCAGGAAGAAGCCGAGCGCGCCGAGCUCGCCGCCAAACGCGCCGCCGAGAAGAAGCGCAAGCAGGAGGAAGAGCGCCGCCACCGCGAGGCGGUACGCGCUGAGGCUGAGGCCGCUCGCGCCGCCGGCGCCGCUGAGGGCGCUGCUACCCACGACUUAGAGGGCAUUGACCCCGGCGCCGACGUCGCCCUGCUCGACCGCCACGGCACCGGUAACCUGUUGGGCCUGGUGGGGCGCCACGGCCUGGUGCGCCGCCGGCUGAGCCUGCUUAAGCGCACCACCACCGGUGGCUCCGUCGACCCGGCGCUCGACCACGACGACCUCCACGGCGAUGCUGGCGACAACGCCAGCAUCCUCAGCGGUCAAUCGCUGCACGCGCCGGGCCACGGUGGCAUGCCGUUGGUGCCCGGGGCGCCGAUGGGCUUUGGCGCCCCGCGACCCCCGGUGCUGCGCGACGGUGGCGCCGACGGCGACGACGAGGCGGCGGAAGCUGACGAAGAAGAGGAGGACGAAGACGACGAAGAAAUCAAGCGGCGCAAGCUUGUGGAGCGCAUGGCCAAGAUCUCGGGUGGGCGCAACAUGUUCGGCAUGAUGGGGAUGCCCUUCGGCGGCGGCGCCGCCGCGGCGACGACGUCGCGCAAGAAGCUGGUGGAGUCAGCGGAACCGCCGUCGCUGGCGCCUCACGUGCCUGGCGCCGAGGCGCCGUCAGCACCCCCAGUGUCGGCGCCAGCCCCGCCGGGAGCGCCGGUGGCGCCAGUGUUGCCGCAAACCAGCGGCACCAACGCCGACGAUGAGUUCGACGACGGCGAACGCCCGGUGCUGUCGGACGACUACCACCAGGACGCGGCGCCUCCCGUGCCUCCACACGUGUCGCUGCCGCCGCCGGUGCCCCGCGACGACGUCGCCCUCCUGCGCCGCUCGUCGAAGAAGAGCCAGAGCCUGCGCCAGUCGAUCCACAUCCUUGACGACCACAAACACGUUGACAUCCCCGAACAGGGCUACGAGGCCGACGAGGACUUGAGCGACCGCCGGGGUCCCGCGCCGGGCGAGCGCCGCGCCUCCCGCGAGCUCCCGACACUGCCGCUGUCGGUGUCGAGCGCGACGUUUGUCGACGCCAGCAGCGCCGUACCACCCCACACUAAGGUGCCGCCACCGCCACCGCCUGGCGCCGCUCCUCCUCCUGGGGGAGCGCCUCCCCCGCCGGCACCCCCUCAUGCGCCCCAUGGCGCCCCGGCGCCGCCGAUGCCCACUCGCCCUGGCGCUCCCGCCGACCACGAUAAGUCAUUGCCGCCGCCACCCCCAGUACCGGCGCCGGCGCCGGCGCCUGAUAGCCACCCGCGCGCCCCACCGCCCGUGCCACCAGUUCCGGCGCCGGUAGCUGGUGCUGACGCUAACCCCAGGGCAGCUAAGCUGGCGCCACCGCCACCGGUGCCGGCAGUGCCGCCGGUGCCGGGAUCGCGCCCGGUUCUGCAUUACCAGCCCGACGCCAGCGACCUGGACCUGGACCUGCUGCUUGCCGACGACCACGAGUUUACGUUUACCGGCGCCCCCGCGCGCUCGGCGACGGCGCCGUCGCUCGACGGUAGCGCUGGUGGUGCGCCGCCGCUGCGCCUGGCGCCGGCGCCGCCGACACCGCAAGUGCCUCCUCCCGUCCCCGGCGUGCCUGGCACCGUCCCCGGUACUCCAGCGGCGCCGAUGAUGGAGCGCGCCCGUACCGACAUGCUGGGGCUCUCGUUGGCGCUGACGUCGACGCGGGGCCCGCUGCUGCCCACCAAAGGGCUCUCGCGACUGAAGCUGGUGCGCGCCAAGGACCAGCUGCUUGCGGAGGCGGCGCACGAGGAGUUGGAGUACGAGAUCCACAACAUCGGCGGCCAGAGCCCGUGGUGGGUGCACAGCGCCCUCCCGCCGGCGAUCGCGCUGCGGCUGGGGGUCGACUUGCGGUUUGAGGUCGACGCCCACACCAUCACCAAGCGCGGCGGGCGCCAGGUCACCUACAAGGACUACUACAUCGUGUUUGCCGACUUGUCGCAGCUCCAGUUCGAAGUCGACUACGACGCCGCCGACGCGCUGCUGACGGUGAAAUGCGGCGCCCUCACCACGGUGCCGCCGCCGAUCAUCCGCAAGGACUUGUUGGACAAGUUCCACCGCGAGUACCUGAGCGCCGUCGUCGCCCAAGCGCAGCUGUUGCUUGGCAGCGCCAACGACGACGUCGUACUGCUGGUGAUGGCCGCCGUCGCCCACAAACAGUGCCCGCUGAUGCUUGCGCCCAUCGGCGACCGCGCUUACGGCGUAACCAUCUACAAGAACUUCAACAACGCCAACAUCGCCAAGAUCGACGAUAUUAAGCCCGGUGACGUGUUGUGGAUCAAGCAAGGGGUGUUUGCCAAGAAGAAGCUCGUGGGGCGCAAGCAGCGCAACUUGGGCGACGACCACUCGGUGCACACGGCGGUGGUGUACGACUACGACCCGAAGAAAGAUAAGGUGAAAGUGGUGGAGCUGGAGGACGGUCACGUGGUCAAGGAGCUGUAUAAGAUCGGCGAGUUCGUCUCCGGCCGCCUCCGUGUGUUCCGACCCGUGGGGCGUGAUUACAUCGGGUGGAAUUAA